AUGUUUCGGUACCAUUUUUACCUUUUUUACCUUAUACUUGUGCAUUUGUCUUUAGGAAUACAGUUAAAAGAUAGACAAAUAAUAAACGACAUUUAUUUAAAAAGUAAUUGUAAAUUUGUAAGGAAAAGAAAAAAUAAUUUAAAGAAGUUCUUUAUAAGGACUGUAGGGACAUAUGAGUUUUAUUUGAAACCACAUUAUAAGUUAUGUAAAAGGAAUAAAAUUAAGAGUAAGUGUAAUAAUAAGAAUGGAUAUAAAAAUGAGCUAAAAGCUACAAGCACUUUUGUGUCAAAAUAUUACAAAAUAAAUAUAAAUGACGUAUACAGUUAUUUAAAUAGGAAGAAAUAUGAAUAUAUAGAAUCAGAUAUUAAAAUAACGUUAAAAUAUUGCCCGUUCUGUCCUCCACAUAAAUAUAAAUAUGACAAUAUGUAUAAACAUGAAAUUUUUAAAAAUACAGGGAAUAGCUACUGUCAUAGAUGUGGAUAUAAAGGAAGUUUCUAUGAUUUUAAAUUAAAAAUGGGGGAUUUAGUAACUAGUAAUUUUGAAAAUACAGUUGUAAACAAUACAUAUGAAGAAGAAAAAAUUACAUUCAAUGAUGUUAAGGUGUAUAAUAUGAAUUUACUUUAUUCAAAAGAAGCAGAAAAAGCAAGGGAUUAUUUAAUUAACGAAAGAAAAUUAACUAUGGAAACAAUAAAGAAAUAUUAUAUAGGAUUUUCUAUAAUGGAAUUUUAUUCACUUGACAAUUCAGGUAAAUUUGAAAAACAUGAAUGUUUGAUCUUUCCCUUUAUAAAAAAAGUUGAUGAUAUGAAAUCAAUGGAUUUAUUAAAUGGAAAUAAAAAUAAUAUGAAUGAAAAAGAUACUUACGAAGUAAUUAGAAUAAAAGUUAGAAGUUUAAAAGAUAAAGGAUAUAUGAGAUUAUACCCUAAAAAUGUUAAAGAGGAAAUGAAGCUGUUUUUCUUUGGCGACCAUUUAGUUAAUGACGCAGAUGAAGUUGUCUUGACUGAAGGUGAAAUUGAUGCUAUGACUGUAAGUCAAGAAACAAACUAUUCUGCUAUAUCCUUACCUAAUGGUUCAAAAUCUUUGCCUAUCUAUUUGUUGCCAUAUUUAGAGAAAUUUAAAAAAAUUCAUAUGUGGUUAGAUUUUGACAAAGCAGGGAAGACAAGUGUUUUCAAUUUUGUAAAUAAAAUAGGCCUAGGACGAACAAAUGUAAUAACUGAUGCAAAUGUGCAUUACUUAAAUCAAGAAGUUUUUGAAAAAAGAAAAAAAGAAAUGUUAAUUAAGAGAAACUUGUUACUUUCUUCAGCUCAGAGUAAUCCAUUAUGUAUGCAGAGUGACGUAGCUAGUUGUGGGAGAAAUGACCAUGGAGAUAAAAUUUCGAACGUUCAAAAUUUGCGCACGAAGAAAAAUGCAACAAAUGUAGAUAAAGAAAAAGGAAAAAGGCAUUCAUUUUCUUCAGACAAUAUCUUGAGUAAUAGUACAAUGUUGAACAUGGAAAAACCUCAGCAUGAAGAUAGGAGCUAUGAUAGUGGAAAGGAGGAAACUGCAAAAAAUAUACCAAAAGAAAAUGUAAGUUUAAAGGAAGGAUUAAAUGUCCAGGAAGAAAGGCUAAAUAACUUAUAUUUUAUAGAAAAUAACAUCAUGUAUAUACCAAACACUAUAGUAGUAAAGGAUGCAAACGAUUGCUUGAAGCACAAUAUAGAUAUAAAAUUUUUCAUCAAUAAUAGUGAGAAAGUAAAACAUAGUCAAAUAUUAAAUUUUAAUGAUUUAAGACAAAACAUAUUAGAAGAACUAAAAUAUCCUGAUAGAAUAAAUGGAAUUAAAAGUAAAACAAUUCCUUCAUUAAAUAAAUUUCUAUAUGGAUUACGAAUGGGGGAGUUGUCUAUAUGGACAGGACCAACAGGGGUAGGUAAAACUACUCUUCUCUCUCAAUUGUCGUUAGAUUAUUGUAUUCAGGGUGUAUCUACCCUAUGGGGCUCAUUUGAAAUAAAUAAUAUAAAAUUAGGCAAGGUAAUGUUAAAUCAAUUUUGUGGUAAAAAUUUAGAAAAAAAUAUUGAUUUAUUUGAUAUAUAUGCAGAUAAAUUUGAAUUAUUACCUUUAAAAUUUUUAAAAUUUCAUGGUAGUACAAAUAUUGAUCAAGUACUAGAUGCUAUGGAUUAUGCUGUGUACGCUUACGAUGUCAAACAUAUAAUUAUUGAUAAUUUACAGUUUAUGCUCAAUAUUAACAAGUUUUCAGACAUUUAUGAACUACAAAAUAUUGCUAUUGAUAACUUUAGAUCAUUUAGUACAAAUAAAAAUGUUCAUAUUACUUUAGUAGUGCAUCCAAGAAAAGAAGACAAUAAUUUACUCACUAUUUCUUCAGUUUUUGGUAGUGUAAAAUCUACUCAAGAAGCAGAUAAUGUGUUUAUUAUUCAAAGACAUGUAUCUAAAACUAAUGAAACUAUAUUUUUUAUAGAUAUUAAAAAAAAUAGAUUUAAAGGGAGUUUAGGCAGAAUACCUUACCUGUAUAAUAAGGAAAAUAUGACCAUAAAAGAAAUGCCAGUUAGCUAUUUAAAUGAUUCAUUUUCAGGUAAUAGCUAUGUCUCAAAGAAUAUAUCAUCUUCGAAUUCUAAUUUUAUGUAUCCUAUUGGUACUCCUAGUAGUAACCUAAAUUUUACUCUCUGCGAUGAAUACGAAUACAUGAAACAUCUAUCCGAUGAAUAUCAAUCAAAACAUUCUAUAAAAAAACUUCGCACUAGUAGUAAUGUUGAUCUAAGUGUAACAAACUUGAUAGAUAAUAAUCAACUAAAUAACAAAAUUAAUAGUAAAAGUAGCAAAAAUGAUAAUAGUGAAGGUGGCUCACAAAUCAUUUCAAGUAAUAAUAAACAAAAUAAAGGCAGCAACUUAACGCAUUGCAAAGAAAAUAGGGAUGAUGAGCAAAUAAAAGAAAUGAACAUACACGAUAAAGGUGAUGAUAACCAGGAACAGUGUAUAAAUACAAGUAACACAAAUAAGAACGUACCACCAGAAAAUGGAAACUCGAAGGAUUUAUUAUUAAAUGUAAAAAAAAGCGUAAAAAAUGAAGAAACAAAUAAUAGUACAGGUCAUACCGAUUCUAGUAAUAUUUCACGUACAACCGAACAUUUGAGCAAAAACAAAAGUGCAGUAGAAGGUGAGAAUAAUGAUAUAAUUCCUUCCUACGAAUUAAGUAAAGAGAGGUUAAUAAAAUUAUGUGAAGAAAUAAAAGAUGAUAAAAACAAAAAGUCAAAGAAUAGAGUAGUAACCAUAUCGAUGAGAAAUUUGGUGAUACAUAAUAAUUCCACGAUAAAAGAUAUUCGAAAUUUUAUUAAGAAAAAUAAGUUAAACAUAAAAACGGCUGGGAAAAAUUUAAAAAAAAUUGGCAUAUUUAUAAAUAUUUUACAAAAUAUUCCUAAGGAGUACAUAACAGUUACAUAUGAUGAAGGAAAUAAAAUACAAGGCACACACAAAGGAACAAAAAAUAAUAGUUGUGGUAGUGUAAAUAAGGGCUCUGCAACACUGGUAAGUAAUAUUAGUACUACAACUGAUAAUAGUAGUUAUCAAAGGGAAACUGCAUAUAAUAGAGACAAUUUUCCUUGUAUACUAAAUACGGAAUAUUCAAAAAACGGGACGGAUAUAUGCCCAUUUGACGGUGGUACAGUGAAUAGUAACAGUAAUAUGAAUAAUUCGAGCAGUAGUACAAGUAGUAUAAGUAGUACCCCAACUGAUGUUACAACGCUUCGUAGUUACUGUGAACCACAUUCCCAGGAAUUGGAAGCUAUAUAUGGAGAGGAAGUUACGAAAAUGUAUAUUGAUGAUAAUAUAAUUAACGUUGAUAAUAAUAUAGUAAGAAGAAAUGGUGCUUUCAAGUUGUAUAAUGAGGACAAAGCAAUUUUGAACGAAAAUUUUGAUUAUUAUGAACCAAAGAAAAAAUUUGAUGAUGAUAUAGAGACAAGAUUCUUUAUUAUAAAUGAUCAUAACUAUAAUGCAAAAAUAAAUUAUAUAUAUAAAAAUAUAAAAUAUUGUGGGUUAGAUAUUGAAACAACAGGAUUGGAAGUAUUUGAUGAACAAAUUCGGUUAAUUCAGAUUGCAGUUGAAAAUUAUCCCGUAAUAAUUUAUGAUAUGUUUAAUAUAAGUAAUAGUAAAAUUUUAAAUGGAUUGAAGGAAAUGUUAGAAGAUGUAAAUAUUGUAAAAAUUAUACAGAAUGGAAAAUUUGACACAAAAUUUUUGAUGUAUAACAAUUUAAAAAUUGAAAACAUAUUUGAUACAUAUAUAGCUAGUAAACUCUUAGAUAAAAAUAUAAAUAUGUUCGGCUUUAAAUUAAAUAAUAUUGUUGAGAAGUACUUAAAUGUUAGUCUAGAUAAGCAGCAACAAAAUAGUGUGUGGAAUAAUUCGCUUUUAAAUAAUAACCAGUUAUUUUACGCUGCACGUGAUUCUAGCUGUUUGUUAAAAUUAUAUAAAAAAUUAAAAAACGAAAUACACAAAGAAAGUAUGGACACAGUAAAUGAUAUAGAAAAUAAAUGCAUUUUACCCGUCUGUGACAUGGAACUAAAUGGGGUAAAAGUUGAUUUAGAAAGCCUAAAUAAAAGUACUAAUGAAAUAUUGGCCGAAUUAAAUGAAGAAAAGAGUAAAUUAAAAGCAGAACUAAAAGACAAUGAAAUAAAUGUUAAUUCACAACAACAAGUAUUAAAGGCAUUACAAAAUAACAAUGUCAGAGAUAUUUCUAAUAAGCUAAUUGAGAAUACAUCUGACUCUAAUUUGAAAAAUUUUUUGAAUCAUAAAGAAGUUGUCUUAUUAAGAAAUUAUAGAAGAUUAUACAAAUUAUAUUCAGCAUUUUAUUUAAAAUUACCUUUACAUAUAAAUAAUAAAACGAAUAAAAUACAUACAACGUUUAAUCAGCUAAAAACUUUUUCAGGUAGAUUUAGUAGUGAAAAACCGAAUUUACAACAAAUACCGAGGCAAAAAAAUAUUAGAGAAAUUUUUAUUCCUAAUGAGAAUAAUGUAUUUAUUAUAGCGGAUUUUAAACAGAUAGAGUUAAAAAUUGCUGCUGAAAUUACGAAUGACGAUAUUAUGCUUAAGGCUUAUAAUAAUAAUAUUGAUUUACAUACUUUAACAGCUAGUAUAAUAACGAAGAAAGGAAUAGAUGAUAUAAAUAAAGAGGAUAGACAUAUAGCAAAAGCUAUUAAUUUUGGGUUGAUAUAUGGUAUGAAUUAUGUAAAUUUAAAAAAUUAUGCAAAUACUUAUUACAAUAUAAAUAUGAAUCUAGAUCAAUGCUUAUAUUUUUACAAUUCCUUUUUUGAACAUUAUAAGGGUAUAUAUAGAUGGCAUAAUCAAAUAAGACAAACCAAAGCCUUAGAAUACUGCACUUUAUCCAAUAGAAAGGUUGUUUUUCCAUAUUUUUCUUUUACAAAAGCCUUGAAUUAUCCUGUUCAGGGAACAUGUGCUGAUAUAUUAAAGUUAUCUCUAGUGGAAUUGUAUAAAAAUUUAAAACAUAUUAACGGCAAAAUAAUUCUUUGUGUGCAUGAUGAAAUUAUCAUCGAAGUUGAUAGAAAAAAUCAAGAAGAGGCCCUAAAAAUUUUGGUAGAAUCAAUGGAAAAUUCUGCUUCCUUCUUUUUGAAAAAGGUCAAAUGCGAAGUUUCGGCCAAAAUAGCUCAAAACUGGGGUUCCAAGGAUUAG